GGACUGACUUUGCCGCCGUUCGGACGUUGAACUUGAACCACUGAAUCUUUUUACGGCAUCAUUGCAAUACUUGUGACAAUCCUUUUUCCGUGGCCAUUCUUGACGUGUGGGAAUCUGUAUGAAGGGGCCAUGUGCAAUUAUAUUUGAAGGGAUACUUGUCUUGCUGACUUCGGAGGAGAGUCUGCGGGACAAAAUCGUCCUGCACAUAUUUAAGCUAGCAUUCUGGAAUGCUGGCGACACUCAUCAAACAUAACCCUCUUUCCCUACUCCUCUGAGCCUUGAGAUGUUCUUCGCUAGAAUUUUGCAAGCUCUUGCCUGCAUCGGUAGUACCUCCUGUACCCCCCCGUUGCAGUUCAAACAAGCUCUAGCUCGGCAACCUUCUGUCUUGGGAGACAACUUACUAACUGGUGGUGCUUUGGCUUCCGGGAUUCCCCAGCUUCAACUUUGGGGUUACGCGAGCUUCAUCUAUGAAGGUGCCCAACCUAAUGUUAUCUCUAUUCCUGCGGGGCGCAGAGUCAAUAUCAAGUUACUUGGAGGCAACUGGACGAAUCCGGAUGGAUCACUGCUUGCCGAUGUUGUUCCUGGUAUCGGAGGAGAGCAGGGGUACGUUGAUAUCAAUGGAGUAUUUCACAUAGAUGUUCGAUAUGUUGUACAGUUCGUGAGCGAUGAAAAAUACGCUUACGUGCAACUGAAAGGCAAUGGAACCGCUGGUCAAUCCAAUAAAGUCACCAUGUCGGUCGCACAUCUUCAACUUCCUGGGGGAGUUUCUUCAUAGCUCAUUUUGCGAUAUAUAUAUAGGACCGUUGAGACGGACUCGGCCG